UAACAAGAAGUCAACAAAUAUGGCGAGUUGAUGGCACAUUAUACCAAAGAGCUGAGUGUGUUAUUGUAACGCGUAAAUUAAUAAUCUGACGUCUGUCACAACAACGGUACAGCGACUAAGCGACUGCAGAGGAGGAAAUGGCACUAUGUAAUUCCAUAAAACUGAGAUUUCGCAGUAUAACGGAUACAGCUAUGAAUAGUAAAACAAAGUUCUCAAGAGAUACAAAGAGAAGUCCAGAACGUGUCUGAUUAACAACAUCGGAUGGAACAAGUGACUGGAGACAAGUCGAAAAGCGUUAAGAAAACUUACGAUCUCGUAAGACAAGAGUUCGACCAAGGGACGGAGCGGAAGGCAUUGGCGAACAAACUACAGUCUGCGGGGCGAGACAUGGAGACACGCAGAGAAAAACUGAGAUGUCUGCUUUUAGAAGAAGCAUCAGCUUGGACACGAGAAUACGCAGAAAAGGGACAGGCAGUUAACGAGAAGAAACUGGAAGAAAUGAAGUUUAAAGCUGAAGAAAUACGAAACAGACGAGAGGCCGAACGAAAGAAAAUUGUAGAGGAGAAACGGAUUCAGCAGUACUUCGAAAUGUGUGAAGACCUGGUGUCCAUGAAGUCGCGUAGAUUCGCGGAAGAUGCGAAAAGAGGGCAGAAAUAUCAGAUGAAGGAGAAAGAAUACAUGAAAGCUCAGGAAAAAGAAGUUGAAAAUCUGUGGGCAGACGUGGCGAAAAAAGAAUACGAUGCUAAGGUUGCUAGAGAGACAGAAGAAGCGCGCAAGAAGUUUCAGAAGGACAAAGAAGUUGCCGAGGUUCUGUUACUGCAGCAGAAAUCCAUCGAGGCACACAAUCUGGAGCAGCGUCAGAGGUCAAAAGAUGAAGAAGCGAAGUUGAAAGAGAAAAAUCUGAAAGAAAUACAAGAAGAGGAAACGAAAGUGCUUGGAAACAAGAUUAAGACCAGGCAGAAGAUUUGCAGUGAUCUGAUGCAACAAAUCAAGAGACGCGAAGACUUUCUGGACCGCAUGACUGAGGAAGAACAAGUUCUUGAAAAAACGUUUUGCAAGAUGGCUCAGGCCGAACUAGAGAAGGAAUUAGCAUCAAAGAAAUACAACAGAGAAACACUGAAGAGGGAAUCGCAGUUGUACCGCGAAAGCUUAGCGAAACUGCAGCAGCAAAGAGACACCGAGGAAGCCGAACUAGAGAGAAUUCUGCAGCAUGAGAAGAAUAAAAUUGAGGCACACAGGGAAGAGAAGAUGAUAAGACUUAAAGAAGCGCGCAAGAAACUCAAGGACGAAGUGUUGCAGGGGAGGAUGACGCAGGUAGAGAAACAGAAGGAGAAGAUUGAUAAACUGAAGAAGCAAGAAGAAGAAGAGUUAAAGAUGCAGGAGAAGGCGAGGCUGCAGAACGCAAAGCUAACGGCUGAGCACGAUAAUCAGAUUAGACUCCUGAAGCAGAAGUACGCGAAGGACCUUCUAGACCAAAUUGAAUACAACAAGGCGCUCAAGGUUCGUGAGAUCUUUAUGGUUUUUGAAACUUCCCCUUCGUUGUUUAUUUAA